AUGGGUGAACCCCAGCAAGUGAGUGCACUCCCACCACCUCCGAUGCAGUACAUCAAGGAAUAUACAGAUGAAAAUAUUCAGGAAGGCUUAGCGCCCAAGCCUCCCCCUCCAAUUAAAGACAGUUAUAUGAUGGUAGGACCCGUCAGGGUCAGCGUGGACAGCAGCACUCUCAGCCUGGACACCGCAGAAAGGGCGAGCUUUGGGAGAAGGUUCUGGAAAACUUGUUGGCUGCGCAUGCAAUUAUGCCUUAAGUUGCUUUUUGUACACGUGCAUCAUCUUAUAAAUGAAUACCGACCCCACCAAGCAAGAGAGACCUUGAGAGUCACGAUGGAGCUCCAGAAAUGCCAACGGCUUGAAACAGCUGAGAGGUUUCAGAAACACCUAGAACGAAUAAUUGAGAUGAUUCAGAAUUGCUUGGCUUCUUUGCCUGAUGAUUUGCCCCAUUCAGAAGCAGGGAUGAAAGUAAAAACUGAACCAAUGGAUGCUGAUGACAGCAACAAUUGUACUGGACAGAAUGAACAACAAAGAGAAAAUUCAGGUCACAGAAGGGACCAGAUUAUAGAGAAAGAAGCUGCCUUAUGUGUCCUUGUUGAUGAAAUGAAUGAAAGACCAUGA